AUGUCUGAUACAACAUGUUGCUGUUGUAGAUGUAACUCUCUUGUAAGCAAACCUUCAAUAAGCGUAGCUCAUGUUAAUUUCAGAGCAUUGUCAAAGUACUAUCCAUAUUAUCGAUGAUUUUGUCCGCCCUCCUCGUCAUAACGUUUUCCAUUGACAAAAUAUAUCAUUUCAUUGUUUGUUCUGCGAUUAUUUUUGGGCUGUCCGGCCUAUUAUUUGUUGGUGCUGUGGCCAAGAAGAGGUUUCUCUUUGUGCCGUUUCUAAUUUGCAAUGUAAGAACUUAGAUAACUCGGCAAUUUUUGAACGCUAAAUCCGUUUUUUAGGCAUUGACAAUUGCUGGCGUCUUGAUAUUGGUUGGACUCAUAAUAUUAAAAACUGUCGGUUUGUUCGACGGCUUUGAAGACGGUGAAAGCUCAGAUGUGGAUAAUGAAACAAUGAAGAUAGGCCUUCCGCUUAGUAUCGCGUUUUUUUCACUAGUGUUUAUUUUCGAUUUGUGGUGUGAAUAUGUAGUCUACAAAGCUUUCAAAUCGUUGCGGAUGCAGUGAGAGGGCCUGGAAAUCAGUGAAUAAAAUAAAUAUAUACGUGCAAUCCAUAUUUUUUAUAUCUGCGCCGUCUUGUUAAACUUAUUCUAAACGCAAUAAACACUAUUAUCAGACAAAAGCAAAAAUUUGUAGGUCAGUAUUCGAUGUAAAUACUAUAAUCAACAUCAAACAUUUUUUGAAAAACGCGACCGUCCUUUUCCUCUUUUACAGUUGCUUACUGAGUUACAAGCCUCAAGACAAGUUGAGUUCACGAGGGUGGAUUGAUAUAUUUACUUUCUAAUUCCGAGGGUAAUCUCGCCGUGUCCUGAGGUUAAUGGAUUUUUUAGUCGAAAAAUUUUAAAAUUUAUAAUUUCAGGUUUACGAUUUUGCAUUCUAAUUUUGUGUUCCUUUCAUGCAAAAAUUUCAGUGAUUCCUAGAUAGUCGUUUCUGUUAAGGUGUGCAGCUACAACGCCAUGUUGAUGUAAGCCUAGUCAGAUCGUAUCACGGGCAUUCUGUUAAAAGCCAAAGAGCAAAGCGCUUGCCUCACAUUUUUCCCGAUAAAACUUAAUCACUUCCUAAGCUCCUGGAUAUCUUUGACUAUGAACAAAGAGCCACACCUUGCGUGGUCUUUGUUUUCAUGAUUACCCUUACUUAUUUGGGUGCAGCGGAUAGCAGUUUUGUGCUCAAAUAUCGGUUCUUAUAUGAAAUUUAUCCUAUUUUUUUUUUCUUUUUGCAGGAGAAGAAAGGACACAGUGAUGUCUCAUUUUAACCUCUGCUGUAUCUAUAAGGUUCAUAUUGAUGUAAGUAUACCUAUAGGUAAUCGUGGCCUUUCACAGUUUUCAUUUCUUGAUUUAUUGAUUUAUCUAAGCUUGAUUUCAGACGGUGGUAAAAGCAGUAGCAGUAGCGACCUUUGUGCUCUCUUUCCUUGGAAUCCUUGGAUUCUUCGCCGGCUUUGGCGCUACGGCUAUUGUCAGCGUUGUGUUGACAGCAGCCUGUUCGGGAUGUCUGCUUUAUGGGGUGAUUCGUGAACAGGAAUUGUUUUAUUGGCCAUAUAUGGUGUGGAAUGUAAGCUGACUUUGCUUACUCAGUUUAGUUUCUUUCAUAACUUUUGUUUUAUUUUUUAAAUUUUCAGGGUAUUAAAAUUAUUGUUUCUAUUGUUGGAAUAAUCAUCGUUGCACUGGUAGUCGCUGCAGUGUCGUCAGAUAAUGUUGUUUUUAAAGACGCUGAUGGGAACAUACUGACUAAAGAGCAAAGGGACCGACUGAAAACCUUGUGCAUACUUGCACUUGUUGUUUACAGUUUUGAUAUCAUCUUGGCGAUUUUGUUCCAGUACAUUGUUAUGAAAGGACACAGGUCCAUGAAAUCGAGGACGACCACGAAUUAG